CGUACACCGCCCGGCACAGGCAGCCGAGCUGAGGUGCGCGGGGGUGUGAGAGACAUUUGGUGCCAGAACGCGAAGCGAGGAUGAGGUAAUAUAAGAAAUAAAGAAAUGAAGCCAUCAGAUACAGACCCAAGGAUCUUAUCUCUGGCCGCUGAAGUUGCAAAAAGUCCUGAACAGAAUGUCCCUAUUAUACUGUUGAAGUUAAAAGAAAUAAUAAACAACACACCUUCAGGAAGCUCAGAGUUGAAGAAAAUAAAAAAAGAUAUAUAUUGUUAUGACCUAAUUCAGUAUUGCCUCUUGGUCCUCAGUCAAGAUUGUUCUCGAAUCCAGGGUGGUUGGACUACAAUUUCCCAACUUGCACAGAUAUUAAGCCACUGUUGUGUGGGCUUAGAACCAGGAGACGAUGCAGAGGAAUUUUACAAGGACUUACUUCCAUCAGCUACAGAAAAUUUUCUGGUUUUGGGAAGACGAUUGCAGGCAUGUUUCAUCAAUGCAGUUAAGAGUGAAGAAAAAGAUGAAUUGCUACAUUUUUUCCAAAUUGUGACUGAUUCUCUCUUCUGGUUAUUGGGAGGCCAUGUUCAACUCAUACAAAAUGUGCUACAAAGUGAUCAGUUCUUACACUUAUUGCAAACUGACAAUGUUCAAAUAGGAUCUUCAGUCAUGACUCUGCUACAGAAUAUACUACAGAUCCACAGUGGUGAUUUACUCAAGAUAGAAGGAAAAGCACUGCAUUCUAUUUUAGAAGAAGUUGUUUUCAAGCUUUUAUCAACUUCUAGUCCAGUCAUAAGAAGUACUGCUACAAAGCUCCUACUGCUAAUGGCUGAAUCCCAUCAGGAAAUUUUGAUUUUGCUGAGACUAAGUGCCUGCCACAAAGGUCUCAGAAGUCUACUAAAUAAACAGGAAACCAGGACAGAAUUUAGUCAAGAAUUUAGACAGCUUGUUGAUCUUUUAAGCCCUAAGGUCUAUCAGGAAGGAGAAGAGCAGAAACUUCAUCAGUCAGCUUGCUUGAUUCAAGCUUAUUGGAAGGGCUACCAGACUAGAAAGAGAUUAAAGAAGCUUCCAUCUGCUGUGAUUGCUUUGCAGAGGAGUUUCAGAGCUAAACGAACAAAGACAUUGCUAAAGCUAAAUAGGCAGAAGGAAGAAGAGGACCUCAAAUUGAGAUUGCAGCUUCAAAGACAGAAAGCCAUGAGAAUUUCCCGAGAAUUACAACUGAGUAUGCUUGAAGUAGUUCACCCAGGUCAAGUGGAGAAGUACAAUAGAGAAAUGGAAGAGAAGUCAGCACUGAUUAUCCAGAAACAUUGGAGAGGGUACAGGGAAAGGAAGAAUUUUCACCAACAGAGGCCAUGUCUCACGGAGUAUAAAGCAGCUGUCACACUUCAAAGAGCAGUUCUCAAAUUCCUAGCAAAGCGCCGUAAGACAAAGAAACUAUUUGCUUCUUGGUAUGGACUCCAAGAAUUCACUGACGCACGCAGAGUUGAAUUGAAGCAACAAGUGGAUGACUAUGUCAAAAGACAUCCAGGUUCUGAGAUGUCAGGUGUGGCCAGCAGAGAGCUCCAUGCUCAAGCUCAAGAACGACUGCAGCAUUAUUUUAUGGGCAGGGCCCUGGAAGGAAGAGCCCAGCAGCACAGAGAAGCUCUGAUGGCUCAGAUCAGCACCAAUAUUGAACAGUUAAUGAAGGCACCAAGUCUCAAGGAGGCAGAAGGGAAAGAACCUGAGCACUUCCUAAGUAGAUCCAGGCCUGUUGCCACUAAGGCCAAACAGGCCCAUCUCACUACCCUGAAGCACAUGCAAGCACCCUGGUGGAAGAAGCUUGGGGAAGAACCAGGUGAUGGAAUUGAUGUUCCAAAGGAUGAACUUAGUAUAGAAUUAGGAACUUUAUUUAUUGGUGGAACCAAACCCCCUUAAAGAGUUACCAGGAAAACUGACACAAAUCUUCCAUUUCAGGAAAUUAAAUUGGUUCUGCUUCUGGCAUGCUGGUAGACUAGGGCUAUCCUUAUUUGUGAUUUGCCAGAAUAUCCUCUCCAAACAAGAGUUAUCUACCUCUCUGUCAAUUUUCUUUUUCUUUUCUCCAUUUCCUUGUCUCUGGCCACACACAGAUUCUUGUGGCUUUUACUGUGGUACUAAACUCAUGACAUUCUAUUGUUGAUGUGGAAUGUGAAAUUUCUUUCAUUUCUGCUAUUUUCCAGCUAAAGUUUUUUUUCUAAAUAAAUAUUUUCAACAGUUCUGAAAAACUUGUCAGGAUAAUUUCAACUUUUUCAUAUUUGUUAUUUAAAAUUCCUACUUUUUAAAUCAUUAUUAUUAUUACUACUACUAUUAAAAGUAUGUUCUUGGCUUUGAAGGUGAGGAAAAAAGUGGUCAAUUGAAGUACAUUUUGCUGUUUCCUAAAAACAAUGAACUCAUUUUCUAUUUUAUUAUUUCUAAAAGGA